AUGGAACGACGUCAACGGGAAACAAGCCUCGACGACGACGAGCCGGCGAUGGUUCACGUCGACGCGAGCAAUGAAUCAGCCAGCUACAACCAGCCGCCGCCCGACCGGGAUCCCGAGGACGACGAGACGGUGCUCGACAACACGCCGCCGAUUUUCAGCAAAUAUGGCGACUUCCAUACGAUCGACUGGCAAAGAGAUUUGGCCCGGGAUCGAAUGAGGCACAAGCUGAUUUCCGGAAAGCGUCGCGAGUGGCCGAUAGGAUUGUUUGAGAGCGCCUGGGACUCGGGAGCCGGUUGGCUAUGCGUUCUUCUCGUCGGGCUGGCCGCCGGAGCAACAGCUGGAACCAUCGACAUUGCCGCCCGCUGGAUGAGCGACCUGAAAAACGGAAUCUGCGCCGACCGCUUCUGGCUGGACCGCGAGCACUGCUGCUGGUCGUCGAACUCGACGAUUUACAAGGACUUCGACUGCCCGGCGUGGACGACCUGGCCCGAGAUGUUCAACAUCUACACGAAAUCGCCAUUCUACUACACGGUCGACUUCUUGUUUUACGUCGGAUGGGCUAUGCUGAUGGCUGGAGUGGCGGUUUUGCUUGUCAAGACAUUCGCCCCGUACGCUUGCGGCUCGGGAAUCCCGGAAGUGAAGUGCAUCCUUUCCGGCUUCGUCAUCCGCGGCUACCUCGGCAAGUGGACGUUCAUCAUCAAGUCGGUCAGCCUGAUCCUCGUCACCUCGGCCGGCCUGUCUCUCGGAAAAGAAGGGCCGAUGGUCCACUUGGCGUGCUGUAUCGGCAACAUCUUCUCGUAUCUAUUCCCGAAGUAUGGCAUGAACGAGGCGAAGAAGCGUGAAAUUCUGUCUGCGAGUGCUGCUGCUGGAGUUUCCGUGGCCUUUGGGGCACCGAUUGGCGGCGUUAUGUUCAGUCUCGAAGAGGCGUCCUACUACUUCCCGCUCAAAACGAUGUGGCGCUCAUUUUUCUGCGCGCUCGUCGCCGGCAUCAUCCUGCGCAUCGUCAACCCGUUCGGCAGUGAUCAGACCUCGCUCUUCCACGUCGACUACAUGAUGAAGUGGACGUUCUUCGAGCUGAUCCCGUUCGCCAUGCUGGGAAUUUGGGGCGGAAUCCUGGGCAGCAUCUUCAUCUACCUGAACCUGCGCUGGAGCCGCUUCCGCAAGACGAACCCGCUCAUUGGCAGAAAUCACAUCAACGAGGUGCUUCUCGUGACCCUGUUCACGUCGGUGAUCUCCUACUUUAACCCGUACAUGCGCAAAAAUGGGUCCUCGUUGAUUACACAGCUGUUCGAUCGUUGCGGCCCGGAAGAUUUCAUGAGCGACCUGUGCGACUACCAGAACAAGACGGCCAGCAACAUCAAGGUGGACGACAACUACCACACUGGCUCUUUUGGAACGGGCGUUCAGACGGCCGUCUGGCAACUCAUCAUCGCCCUCAUCUUCAAGAUGGUCUUCACCGUGUUCACGUUUGGAAUCAAGAUCCCCUGCGGCCUGUUCAUCCCCAGCCUGGCGAUGGGCGCGAUCAGCGGCCGUCUACUUGGACUGUUGAUGGAAGCCGUGACGAAGACAAUUCAGAUCCCCGACGGACAUACAGAAUGGUGGUCCUGUCAAAUCGGCAAGGAUUGCGUGAUGCCCGGCCUCUACGCUAUGGUUGGAGCAGCCGCAGUACUUGGCGGAGUUACAAGAAUGACCGUCUCCCUGGUGGUGAUCAUGUUCGAGCUGACGGGCAGCCUGGAGUUUAUCGUGCCCACCAUGGUGGCCGUCAUGUUCGCCAAGUGGGUCGGCGACGCGACGCAUAAACAGGGCGUCUACGAGGCGCACAUCGAGCUGAACGGCUACCCGUUCCUCGACAACAAGGGCGAGUACCCCUACUCGAUCGUCGCCUCGCAAGUAAUGCGACCGCACAAGGGCGAUAACGAGCUGUGCGUGAUCACGCAGGACGGCAUGACACUCGGCGAUAUGGAGGCUCUACUCCGAGAAACCGAUUUCAACGGAUAUCCGGUUGUCGUCAGCAGAUCGUCGAUGUACUUGGUCGGAUUCUGUACAAGGCGAGACCUCCAGCUGGCGCUGCACAGUGCCCGGAAAACACAGCCAUACGUCGUCACCGCCUCGGUCGUCUACUUCACAACAAAUGUCCCGGAUUCGACGGUGGUUGGCGGACCGGCCCCGCUGCGGCUGCGGAAGCUUGUGGAUUUGGCUCCGAUGACCAUCACCGACCAGAUGCCGAUGGAGACCGUCAUCGACAUGUUCAGGAAAUUGGGAUUGAGACAGGUGCUCGUCACGAAAAGCGGCAAGGCCCUCGGCAUCAUCACCAAGAAGGACAUGCUCGAGUUCAUGCGCCACGGCGAGAACUACCCGGGAAUCUCGAACCCGAAUUUCCAG